UUUACAUCGACAGAACAUUGACUACCCUAUUUGAACAGUGUAUGAUUGAGUAUUGAGAGAGACUCGUUCACGUUUUCACGAUUGAGUUGAAUAAAAUUGCAUUUGUUUAAAAAAGAGGGAAAAAACGUACACAAAUGUUGCGACAAAAUCUUUUGGAGCAGCUGAAGCAUUUCAUAGACACGGUUGGCAAUGGCCUGAAUAAUCCCUUCCAUGUCCUAACGAAUCCCUCUCUGAUUAAAGUCUCAUUGAGUUUCCUGGAGGAGCUUCCAGCCACACGGGAUAUAGUAUUCGAAUAUUUUAGCCUACUGGCCGAGAUCAGUGUCCAGUUGUAUGUCCUGCCCGAAAUGAUAGAUGCCAAAACUGGCCUGCCAGUGUCCCAGGUCAAGCAAGGCGGGAACCGGCAGCAACAGAUGCGUGCCCCGGAAUAUGAAAGUUUUAAUUUGGUACAGACGGCCCUGCAAAAUCUGGUAUGGAAGGGUCCACCAGCCUGGUCGCCUUUCAUAGCCAACUGGAGUCUGGAUCUGGUGGCCAGAUUAUCCGAUAAGUAUACUCAGCGUCGCAUGACCAUUACGGCGUCGUGUAACUACUGGUUGGAGUGCAAUGCCAUGCAUGGCCUCCUCACACUGAUUAGCGGAUGCUUCCGGAAACUGAGCAAUGCUGAGGAGGAGACUUGUGUUGAGAUAAUGCUGAAUGCCUUUCAUCAAUUUCCCAUGACAUUUGACUGGAUAGUGGCACGUUUAGGCGGCUGCUUUCCCUACAAGAUCAUUGUACAAAUCCUGCAAUGUGGAAUCAAACGUUUCGUAGACGAUUACCGCUGUCACUUGGACACAGAGGCGGGCAUUUUGGACUACAUGACAUCGUGUCAUGAGCAGCAAUUACGUGCCGCUUUUCGUGAAAUGCUUAAGGAUGGAUUUGCUCCCAAAAAGUCGCUCGAUGUGGCUGUGGUGCCAUUUCUAUUAAUCACCACCAACUACUCGGAUGCCAUUUUACAGAGUUUAGUCAAUGUCCUGGUAGAUCUAUAUACGGAUGACAUGUGCGAAAUGAUUCUAUUAAAGGCUCCACUGUGGUUAAGCAAUAAAAUGUUUGCUGAUAUGCAACCGACUCUCAAUAAUGCAGUGCUCCGUCUGAAUCAUCAUGGCGCCAAAUUGUUGCUCACGGCAGCCAGAAUGUCUGAAAGGUAUAUGUGGUGUCAGGAUUUUUUGGACACAUCCAUGCAGGAUCUAGAGCAAUGGGUGCUUAAUCAGCGGAAUUUCCCAUUGCUCGCUGAUCUAGCCUACGAGGAGACCAAAUACAUGCUCUGGAAGAGUUGCCUUAGUACAAAUCUUAUCGAACAACAGACUGCAGUUCGUUUGCUGCUUGUCGUCUCUUCCCAGCAUCCUCAUAUUUACUAUCAGACUAUAUCGGAGCUGCUACGCAAGUCAUAUGCCCAUAAUCCAAAUGGAAUUGGCGCUCUUAUACGAUUGAUGGCUGGUCAAAGUGGAAUAAUUAACUUUCCCGGCUUAACACCCGGUUUUAAAAUGGUUCUAGAGGAUAUUACGCUGCAGGUUCAGGUCAACAAUCGUCUGCCUGUCCCGCCAGGCACACCCACUGAAGCCUUCAAUACCUUCUCCAAUCUAAAUCUUUUGGCCAAAGUUCAUAAGAAGAAUUUUCUAACUCAUAUCAAAACGCCGUUGCUGACGCGAGCCCUGAAUGAAUGUCUACCAAAGAUUAUACAGAUCUUUGAAUGCACCAUUAAUAAAUUAGUGCUAAGAAUGAACCGAGAUGCUGCCGAACGUAGCGCCGAGAAAUUUAGACAGAAACAAUCGGACAACACCAAUAAUAAUCUGGAAACAAUGCCUGAUAUGUACAAUAAGAGCAAAACCUCAUCAAAUAAACGUGCCAAAAUGGAAGCCAGCAAUGAUUCUCGGCAAGAUGAUGAUGAUGAUGAGGACUUGGCCCGCAUGCGUUUGGCUCAUUUAAUUGUUGAUCUAUUAAAUAAUAUGGAAGCUGGAGGACGCUCAAAUGUAUUACGCACUCCAAUGGUUCUUAAGCUGGCCGUACUUAGCGUAAAAUAUUUCUUUGUGGGCCUAACAGAGCAAACUGUCAUCCGACGAACUGCAGCUGCUAAUAGAUCAAAUCAACUGCUUCAGCGUCAGUGCUCGGCUCGGAAAAUUGCUCGCACUGUUUGCCUGCGUGAGAUAAUCGAAGGAGCACUUUUUUACCAUGGUCAUCUACUGGGUCAGCUGCAGGAAUACGAAUUAGAUGAAUUGAAAAUACCUGAGCAUGAACUUUUAAUAAUACAGAAUCUCCAUACCAGUUCUGGAACAAAUUCAAAUCGCUCGGUACUCCAUUCGGGCGUAAUUGGACGUGGUCUGCGACCAAUGUUAUCCAAUACGAAUCAAAAUUGCGAUGCGGAAAAACAAACGCUAUAUCUCAAGGCUUUGAAUGCCUGCUGUGAGGAUUUGGAGAAACCCAACAAUGUGGAGGGUUAUUCACUGGUCUCACUUCUAUUGGUCGAGCUGGUCUCCACUGAUGUAAUGUACAAUGGCCUGCCCUUUCCAGAUGAGGAGUUCACCAAAGUGACAAUGGAACGAGAUAUGCAAAUUCGUCGUGCCUUUAUCACAUCGCCCGUUCUUUGGGCUGUAUUGGGCAUGAUUGCGGCCCAUAGACCAGCUCUGUGCUAUUCCUCCGUAUUGCUGCGAGCGCUGUGCGCCACUUGUUUGCAUCACUGGCGUGGCAAGAAUGUCAAUAAAUAUCAACCCGCAUCUUCCAAUGAUGAGUUAAUGUUAUGCACCAAAAAACUGCUGCAACUGUUGGCCUUAAGUCAAUUAAUACCGCCGCCACUUAACCAUCUGCACAUGAUCAUUCAUCACUUUGAGUCUGCGGAGAUUGCCCUGCUGCUACGUGAAUGCAUAUGGAACUAUUUGAAGGAUCAUGUACCCUCACCUGCACUUUUUCACAUGGACAACAAUGGUUUGCAUUGGCGAAACACAAAUUUGGUGAAAGUUCCACCGCAAUAUGUGGACACAUUGAGAAAUUUAAUGCAAAAGAAACUCUCCAAAUUGGGUACACAUUAUCAUCAGAUGUUCAUUAUGGACGAGUUCCAUGCCACUGGGCCAGAGGUGACUGGAGGAGCUGCUGGACAACAGCCAACAUCCAGAUUACAAAUUGUGGAACUAGAAUAGAUUCUGUACAAUGUAAUUUAGGUAGCCUAAGCAGAUUGUGUAUGUAUGUAUGUGUGUGUGAUUGUGUGAAUUUAAUAUGUAUGCAGUUAAAAAAUAUAUAUAAUUUGAGUUGUAA